AUGUCGCAAUCCUACGCAGAGAGCCUCCUGAGCCCCUCUGGAUCAGCCGACGACCACAUACCUGCAUCCUCUACUGCUACUGAGAUCCCAUCAAAUAGCACAGGUGUAGGCACACAGCCCGCUGCAGCGAGGAAGCCUCGAGUCGCCUUGGCCUGCAAGAGAUGCAAGCGAAGAAAGCAACGAUGCAACGGCGCGCGUCCAGUAUGCAGGUCUUGCGAGCGAGCUGGCGUAGCUUGUGCAUACGAGAGAACCCUGCGGCCCCAGUAUCCUGGUGGCAAGUCGGCGUAG